GCGCCUGCGCGCACACUCUUCCUGCGUGAAUGCCCUGGCGUUCUCGACCUACGAUGGCGGACGGUAUAUGGCAAGUGGGGGAGAUGACCUCAAGGUCCAGAUCUGGGACUUCCACAGGCAGGACCAGCGCGAGCCGAGCUGCUCGAUGGAGGGGUCUAUGGCCAACAUCUUCAACAUCGCUUUCUCGGCGACGAAUAAAUAUGUGUUCUCCGGGGGCGCCGACGACCGUAUCAUGCAGUACGACUUCGCCUCUGCAACCGAGCUUAUGGCCAGGAGCGCGACGCCUCCUUCGUUGCAUGCGGAUGCGAGGUAUCUGGAACAUGAUGCAAGUAUCCGCGACAUCUCCUGCCACCCCUACAAUGAUGAGAUCUUUAUGAGUGCUAGCGAAGACGGUAGAAUCGUCAUCUACGACGCGCGCGCCUCCUCCGUCCAGGGCGAGAUCCAGCUGUCUAGUGAGGCCACCGGCGCGCGCUUCAAUCCCACCAUGGAGCACAUAUUUGCCACGAGCGAUAAGAGGAGGCUGCAGCUCAGGGAUGCAAGGAUGGCGUUUGGGGGGAGGGCGGGGACGGCGUUUGAAGGGAGGGAUGCGAGGACGGCGUUUGGAGCGAGUUGGGACAGGGGUGGCGUGGUGAGGACGUUCCACACGCGCCUCACGCGAACGACGAAGCGCGGGCGCGAGAUCUGCAGCCCGGAGGUAAAUAGCUUCACCUUCGAUGCGGAGGGGCAGAGUAUCGCGGCGACGAUUUUGCACCACUACCCCGUCAUCUACGCCCUCUCCGAUCCGGCGCCCAUCGCGGUGUGCACCAGCGCGGAGAUCCCGCCAGAAUUGGGCGGCUAUUCGAAUUCGUGCACGAUGAAGCACGGCUCCUUCAGCGGCCAAGCGUCCAAGGGGAAGUACUACGCGGCCGGCUCGGACGAUUUUCGAGGAUAUGUCUGGCGGAUACCGAGCGUGGAGGAGCUUUUGGAAGGGAGGGAGGAGGUGAGGAGGGAGGAGGGGGUGCCGGAGGGGGUGAUUGCAUACGCGGGCCCUGGCACGAAUAGCAAGGCCUAUAUACCUGUCGCGCUUACGAAGCCCGUGUGUCAGUUGACUGGCCACACCUCCAUCGUCAACAGCACCCUCUUUCACCCCACCCUGCCACAUAUCGCCACCGCGGGCAUCGAGAGGGACGUGCUCCUCCACGGGCCGACGCCCGGUUCGCCGUGCGUGGCGGGGUUGAGGCGAUCGCCGGAGAGUAAGGACGUGAGGAGGGUGGGGAGCGGGGAGGAGGAGGGGGCGAUGACGACUCGGCAGUAUUUGUCCAUGGUGUUGGGGAUUGACGAGGUGGGGGACGGAGAGAUGGGGGGUGGAGAGGUGAGGGAUAGAGAGGUGGGGGGUGGAGAGGCAGAUGUGGAUAGUGGUAGCAGGGCCGCGGGAGGUGCUAGGACGGAUACGAAUGGGGACAGCAGCGAGGACGCGGAGGCGGAUGCGAGCGAGAGACGGACGAUCAGCAUGUUCGACUAUAUAUUGCGCCGGGAGGGGCAUGCGGAUGUGUGGGAGGCGGAGGAUACGAGAGUGGCGGGGAGUGGAGGGUUAGACAGUAGCGAGGAGGAAGACAGCGAGGAGGAAGAGGAUGACAAGGGCGAGACGGCAAGGGGUAGCAGUAGCGACGACGAAAUGGUCAUCGAGAUUUGACGAAAAGCCCUGAGCUCGC